CUGGUGCACUGUACGUCCUUGAUAGCCGUGGAGCAGUCGCUGUGCAGGAGGUCAGAGGAGGUUUGUGACUCAAAAACUUCUGAAGAUGGGCAUUAGUUUACCCGAAGAGGCAAAAGCUCUCCCACCCCCGGGAAUCUUGAACAGAAACUCUCUGUGGCUCGGCGGUAUCGGCUGGUGUGUCGCGAUGUUCCAAAACGGCAUAAACCACAGGCCUCCUCUGAAAUCAGGUCUCCAUCGACAGGCUCUCUUGGCUACUAUCGGGUGGUUCAUUGGCUAUCAUCUGACUAAGAUUGAAAAUUACACAUAUGCCAAACGUGACCACGAGAUGUACGGUUAUAUUAAGCUUCAUCCCGAAGAAUUUGUACCAAAGGAGAAGAGGACCAUGGCUGAGAUCCUUGAGCCCUUUCAUCCUGUCCGCUAAAUGCUGGUUUCGAUUUGCCAUGUGUUGGGAAUAAGAUUUUGUGAAUUUGUAGUUCUAAUUUAUGUGCAUCAACAUGUAAAUAAAGACAAUAUGUACAUUUA